GAUGCAUCUCUUAUUGAAGAUAUUUCGCAGUCCUCAGCUUGUUUAGAAUCACCGGUAACCCUUGAGGCCCAAAGGAGCACUAGAGGGACAUCCUCCAAUUCACUGCCUAUCAAAGAUCUCUCUGAUAAGAAAUAUAUUAAUCAAAUGAAAUCUGAAAAGAUGAUACCUCAAUCAUGUGAUGUAAAAACCGUGACAAAAUGUCACGAUCAAAAUUAUGUGCUUGACAAUUCUGAUAUUAUCUCUAUUGAAAUAUCUGAAUCCGACAAUCAAAUUGUAGAAGGUUUAAUACAAGAAAUAACCUGUAAUCAAACACAAA